AACCUCGGAGAAUGAGUGGACACUCGCUGUCCGAGCAACAGUGAAAGUAUUCAUGUGUUCCCCUUUAUAUCUGGAACACGCGAGAGGGACUCGAGCGGUUCCUGAGCGUGUGUUCCUCACACGGCACGCAUCGAGAGCGACCCUGGCUGACGUCGUGCUCGUCGCCGUCGUCGCCACCGCCGCCACCGUCGCCGCCGCCGUCGUCACCGCCGUUCACUACCAGUGUUCUCGCCGCGCUCAGUGCGGUCGAUCGUGUUGCGAUUCAAUGCGUGGUGCAGAUUCGCACAUGCGAGGAAUUUGCCAAUGUGCCGAUAGGACAUAGGCCAACCACGAGACUUCGAUGUGACUCUCCGCUUCUUUAACUAUCUGCAAAACUGUCAAUUAUCGUUCUUCAGGGUACGUGCUCGUUAAGCGUGCUCGUUAAUUGAUGCGGGAAGCGGGUGUUACAUAAAAGGUCCACGCUGUUUGAACGAUGAAACUACUUGCAGGCGUAGAGGAGGUUAGCGACCACUGUGAAAAAGAGUCUAAUAAUGGUCAACUGCACAACAAUAAUAGUCAUGAAAAGCAAUCUGCGACAGAAUUGGUUCAAGAAGCAAGCAAGCCACUCGUCAACAAGGUAUGCGACAAAUCAACAGCCAAGAAAAAAGUUGUACCGGAAGAGGAAGAAGAUAUGAGACGAUUGCUCCCGUUUGAAAAGGCACCCAAAUUUCUUCAAUAUAAUCCUUACAUUCUGCGUGGUUAUCGAGGCUGCUUGACCACCAAACUAUGCGUCGAAAGCAUAUUUUGGUGGACAAACGAGACCGUGAAUAUAUGGAGUCACAUCUUUGGUUGGAUGCUCUUCUUCGGUCUGACCCUAUAUGAUCUCUGUCUUUUGAAUAUUCACGCGCCGUUCAGCGACAAAUUAAUCGUGUCCCUGCUCCUUCUUUGUUUUCAGAUAUGUAUGAUCCUUUCAUCCGUAUAUCACACGUUUUCGUGUCGAAGCGAAAAGGACUAUUGGUGCUUCCUAUCCUUCGAUUUGUUCGGUAUUGCUCUGAGCAUGCUGUCGAUCUAUUUGUCUGGUGUCUAUUAUGCCUUUUGGUGUCACAAGGAAUUACAAUGGUUCUACCUGAUAACUGUUCUCGCGAUCUUCAUUUUCGCAAUGAUACUGCAAAUACCAAGUCUAAACAUCAACGGUAACAUUAAGCUAGCUGUAUUUGUGUGCUGGGCAAUAUAUGGAGUGUUGCCAACGCUGCAUUGGACCAUCGCGAUGGGCGGCUUUGAUAAUCCGAUCGUUAACUUGCUCAUCCCGAGAGUGAUAGGAAUGUACAUUAUUAAUGCAAUAGCGUUCGCGUUCUACAUGUUCAAAAUACCCGAACGUUUUUGUCCAGGUUGGGUAGACUAUGUUGGUUCGUCACAUCAAUGGUGGCAUGCAUUGGUCGUGCUAGCUCUUUAUUAUUGGCAUAACAGUGGAAUGCUUUAUGUGGAAUAUAGAAUGAAUCAUGGGUGUCCAAGCAGUAAGCCAUUAUGACAUACGGAUUCUGACGGCCAGCCAGAUUACUGAAACUACACUGGAUUACUGCAAUAAGUUCAAGGUUUACGACUACAAACUCUAUUACAGCAUCCGUCCUUGCCAUGGAUUGUGCUUGUAUGAUGAAGGCUUGGUCGUCUUUGGCGGAACCACCGUUUUACAGUAUCUUAAAGAAUACAUCUUGCCAGAUACAAAAUCCACUACGAGCAUACGCAUAUCGAUAAUUUCGAUAUGCUUUUAGGAAAUACAGAUUAAGAUUUUUAAAUGAAAAAAGAUAUUUGAAUAUUAUUUACACUGUUCUCUAGCUCAAUUUAUAUUCAUUCAACAUUAUUAUUUAAACUUAUUUUGCAAGAGUAUAAACGAUAUAAAUGAAGGAUAAAUGAUUGUAUCCUAAAUCGUGUUCUUUUUUCCUUAAUAGCAAGUCUUUAAUCCUAGCAGGAUUAAAAACCAAUCAAUUAAUUAAUCAGCGUCAUUAAAAACAUUCUUUACAUU